AUGCUGACAACCAGUGUGACCCAUUUAGCCCACAAGCGCUGCAACGGCCCUCCAAGGGAGGGUCUGUCUGGUGACGAAUCUGCCCCCGCUUUGGAAGGUCGUAUCUUACAGGACCCAUUGAGAUUCUCGCCCUCUGUGGCCACUACCAACCAGACAGCGACCAAGGUCUCCCAAAUUGCUACCCAAUUACAUUUUAUUCCUGAGCAGACCGAGUAUCUCCUUGAGAGUUACUUCGAUAUUGUUCAAGAUGCGAAUCCCAUCUUCUCUAAAGAGCUAUUCUUCCAUCGCUACCGAAGCUCCCAGUGUAGUGAAGAUCUAAUCUCAACAAUAUUGGUCAUUACUGCAAAGCUUACCGGUUUCACUGUGAACAAAGAUGACCCACUCAGUUUGGACACCCGUUUGGAUCAUAUACUCAGCUCGAGUAUAUUGGAAGACGAUCUAAUUGGUGACGUCCUAUCGCUUGAUCAGUUCCGAAAGGCCUACCUUCUGGCGUUCUAUGAAUUUCAUCAAUUCCCUGGACAUCAGGCUUGGCUACGAGUGGGAAGAGUGACACGCAUGGCCUACCGCAUCGGUCUUGACCGUCUAGACCAUAUCCGCACACUCUAUCCCGACUGGAAUACCGUUGGUCAGGAGGAUCUUCAAGAAUGGAGAUCCCUCUGGUGGUGUCUUUACCGUCUGGACGCAUACUCUAAUCUCUCUUCCGGGACGCCAUAUCUGAUUGAUGACACCGUUAUACGCACCUCAUUUAUUCAAAGCCACACAGCAGCCAUCACGAACGCCUAUCCGGAGCUCUUUCUACCACCCAAUUCAGAAGAUUUAUCGAAAGUUCUUCUUGCCACCUCUUCAAGCCCAGAGACGUUGUUGAGAAAUGUUCACAACAUCACAAUUGCUAUCCUGCGCCAGGCCGGGCUUGUCAUUCGCUUGAACUUGCUACGAUCACAAGAAGGAAUAGUUUCGCAAGUUGCCAAAGUCGAGCGACAGCUUGCUACGAUUCGCUUAGCUCUCCCUCCAGGCUGGCUGAACCCAAGACGCAAUGCAUUCUCUAAUGAAUCCCAUGCUGAUCACCACGCACGAACAAUCACUGUCCUUCAUCUACGGAUGGCACAGUUGCUUCUGUCGAUUGCGGAUCCUGGUCUUCGACAAGGCAAUGAAUGGUUGCUAAGCUGGCAACAUGUUCUCGAGACAUGCCAGGAUAUCGCAUCUAUCGCAGAUCAAUGGGAUAGCUCAUUCUGCCUCGCUAUCGACCCGGCAAUUUCAUUCACCAUAUUCACGGCUAUGAUCUUCCUAGAUCUUCAUAAAAAAACUACCAUCAUGGUGGAGCACAAUCAUAGCUCCGAUAUUGAUCACCACAUCACCGUACUACAUCUCCAAUUGCAGCAUUUUGCUAAGAUUUGGACUCUGCCAAGGCUUCUCAAGCGUAUGUCAUCAGAGCACACUUAUUGA